GGAUCUAUCGGGUUCGCUUGAUAAUCAAAAAUUUUCUCAGAAUUGGACUCAUUAAUAAAUACUUUAUCAGUCUGUUCCAACUUUUGGUACUGUUCCAAGUAGUCCAAAUCGAGCAAGAGCGAACGCGAACAAGCACGAAUGAAGAAUUACGAACGAACUCUACGAGUGCGACUGAUAUUGCGAGUACAAACGAACCCAAAUGAAUAUCGACGUAUACGUUCCGUUUUUCUUGUCGAUAUGUUUAUCAAAGGAAAAGCAUUCGGUGAGGUGCUAAAGAACUUAUUGUUACCUAUUAUUAGUGGUAAAGUGUUUGUCUGUCAAGUGGAAGACACGGAUACGAUUCCCUAAUACCACAACGGGAUCUUUUUGAAAGGAAACAAUAAUAAAUGCAUAAUUAUCCAAAAACGAAUCCAAUGUAAUUUAGUAAUAUAUUGUGUGAUACUGUGUUAUCAAAUCUCGUCAUAAACCAUGAUACUUUAUCCCAAUAGGACGGAAAUCUAUAGUAGAAAGGAGAAAAGCACUUGUUUGUGAUCGUUCAUGUUUGAUCAGUCUGAAUGGGUUAACACAUUUUCUCAGUCUAUUAGUGAAGUAUAAUGGAGUGGCCAAACGAUAAAGCUUUGUUAUUUAUUAAUGAAAUUGAAAGCUUACCGAUUUUAUGGGAUUCUUCAGAUCCAUAUUAUAAAAUUAGUAGGAAAAAAAAUGAGACGUGGGAAAAUCUUGCCAACAAAUUCUGUACAACAAUACUAGAUGUUAAAAAGAAAUGGCUUUCAUUACAGGCAUCAUACAGAAGAGAGAGAAUUAAGAUGAUUGAUUCUGCAAAGGGAACUGAGAAAAAAGUAUCAUCAAAAUGGUUUGCAUAUCGUGCAAUGACGUUCUUGGGAGAUCAUUAUAAACCAAGAGGAAUAAGAGAUACUUCUGAGACUUCUGAAACAUGUCAACAAGAAAAAAAUAGUGACCUUAAGGAUCAAGAAGGUAUUAAUGAAACAGACAUAACAUGUCCGAAAGUAGAAGCUACAUUACAUGAACCAGAGAGAAGUGUACGGUUGCGUAAUACCUCGUUGCGAAGAAAACAUUUGAAAAUGUUUUAUUCUCCAGAAUUAAGUAACCCAAAGAAAAGAAAGAUUAAUGAAGAUAAGCCAAGUGAAAUGUAUAUUUUAAAAGCUACUGUCGCAGAAAAAGAAUGUCAACGAGAUGAAAAUGAAACUUAUGGUGAAUACGUGGCACUGACACUGAAGAAAUUAGAUAAUUAUUCACGUAUAAUGGCUAAACAUUACAUUAAUGAGAUUCUUAUAGAAGCAGAAUUAGGGAAAUACAAAGAUUCGAUUCUUCAAAGAUCGCCUAUACCCACGACCUAUUCUGCUAUUUCACCAUCGCUUUCUGUAUAUUCCUACCAAUCCGGAGGUUCCAAUAACGUGGUUUCUUCUGAACCGAAUCUGUGAUCACCUGAUGAAUCAAUAGCAUUAAAAAAUUAUUUCUUUUUCUCAGUGUGUUGUCUUUUGUCAGUGGUGAUCUCUUCUGCAUAUGUCCAUCUUAUAUCCACUGAUAUAUGGGACCUACAGUUUUUUUAACACCGACUGGCACAUAGUGGAAGAAAUACUCCACCAUGGAACGGCCUAUCGGAAGAGAUUGUCGUGGCAAAGAUACUCUUAAUGAUUUGUCAUUGUCUUGGUGAUGGUCAAAGUGAUGAUCAAAUAAAAUCUGGUACGUAUAGAGUCUGGGUGGAUUUGAACCCCAUAGCAGCCAUGCGACUCUAUGCCACAAAGUUAUUUAACACGAUUUUAAUCAUUUCUAUUUUCUGCAAGCUUUUGUUGAAAUACA